AUGACAUUAUCACAAGAGCAAUUGAAAUCAAUCGAAAACAAUAUUGUUCAAUUAUUAAGGGAGCAAGUUGGUCCUAUCAUUAAGGAGCAAUCAGGAAAGUACUUGACAGUGUACGAUGAUAAAGCAAACCAAGUGGAUUUGGUAACUAAAUCAGACAAGAACAUCGAAUUCAUUAUCAAGGGUAAAUUAAAAGAAUUAUACCCUGAUUUCUUGUUUGUUGGUGAAGAAGAAUAUGUUCCCGGCGAAACCGAGAUCUCCCGUGAACCAACUUUUAUUGUAGAUCCAAUUGAUGGUACUACAAACUUUAUCCAUGGGUUCCCUUACAGUUGUUGCUCGAUCGGCCUAGCAGUCGGUGGGAAAUCAGUUAUGGGUGCGAUCUUCAAUCCACAUUUAGAUCAAUUGUUCCAUGCCUCUAAAGGCAAUGGUGCAUAUGUCAAUGACCAAAAAAUUGAUGUUGCUAAUAGACCUCUAACUUUACAAAAAUCUGUGUUUGGUUUAGAAGGUGGUGCUGAUAGAGCCGACUCCCCCGGAAGUAAUUUCGAUAUUAAAAUGGCUACUUACAAGAAUCUCUUAAGUGAUAAAGGUGGGUUCAUCCAUGGUUUCAGAAGUUUGGGAAGCGCAGCCAUGAAUGUAUGUUAUACUGCGUUAGGUAUCUUUGAUGGUUACUGGGAAGGUGGAUGUUGGGCCUGGGAUGUCUGUGCCGGUUGGUGUAUUUUGGAAGAAUGUGGAGGUGUCAUGAUUGGUGGUAAUAAGGGCGAAUGGGAAAUUGGUAUCGAUAGAAGGGUCUAUUUUGCCAUUAGAGGUGGUUGUUCAAAAGAAGAACAAAAACAAUUUGCUCAAGAUUUCUGGAACCAAACUACAGGUGACCUAAAGUACUAA